CAUUGAGUUUAUAUCCGAAUCGGAUAAUCCGAUAUCUAUGAAAGCUUUUGGGUUUAAGAAGAAAAAAUUUCUUAAUCCUGACAGAGUUUCUAUUCAUCUUUCUUUCUCUCUCUGUUUUUUAUACAUUUUUUUUUCUUAAAACAUUCAAUUGAUUAUUUUAUACUCUUUUUCAUAAUACGCUGAUGACACACACCUAGUUACUUACCUUGUUUCUUAACUCUCUCUCUCUCUCUUUCUCUGUCUUUUCAUUUUCUUUCUUCAUCUUUUCAUCUCUUUCUUUUUUUCUCUUUCUUUUUUUCCUCUCUUUCUCUCUCUCUCUCUCUCGCUCUCUGUGUCUUUCUCUUUCUGUUAUUUUCCACCCCCUCACUCCCCAUCUUCAUCUUCAUCAUCAUCAAAUAUUUAAUAUUAUUAUUAUUUAUCCUCUAAUAUACUUUUCUAUUAUCGAGUGUGUGUAGUAGUUUUCUACCUGUUGAAUAUUUUGUAUGUUUGUCUGUGUGUUUAGGUGGACAUAUAACAACAUACACUUUUCUUACAUCAUCAUCAACCUCAUCAUUACCCUUUACCACCAUUUGUAUCAACUACACCAGUGUUUAUCCUUCACCAAUAUAUCUACAGGGUGAAAGAGAAAAAGUUUCCUUACCAGAGGAAACAGUAUCUUCUUUCAAUGCGCAUUUCAAGGGUGUUAAUCUGUUGUCUACAUUAUAGCGCAACCUAAAGGCCAACCUUCAAUUCACAAGAUAAAACAAAAAAAAUAUUUUCCACCCUGUAUACUCUAACAUAAGGGUCUAUUUGUUUGUCUACAUCUCUCUUUCUCUCUAACUCACAUACAUAUACACAUACACACUCUCUCUCUCUCUCUCUCUCUUUAUAUCUGUCUUUCUCUCUUUCUCUCUCUCUCUCUCUCUCCUUUGAGAGACACAAUCCAAUUUCUCUCUUUGAAUCGAUCUUUUUGUUUUUUUUUCUAUUUGAUUUUGUGUUUGUUUAUUUUUUUUUCUUCUUCUUCUCUUUUUGAUUUAUUAUGACGCAAAAAUGUGUCAUCAUUCGUCGAGAUGAGAAAGGCUUUGGUUUACGUGUUUCAGGCGAUAAUCCGGUCAAGGUAGAAUCAGUUAAACCGGAUGGAGCCGCAUGGAAAGCUGGUGUUCGCUCGGGUCAAGUUAUUAUUAAAGUCAAUGGAACCUGUGUAUUAAAACAUAAUCAUCUUGCGGUUGUCAAGAUGAUCCAACAGUGUCAAAGUUAUGUUGCCUUAACCUUGGCCAUGUCGGAUGAUGUUUUACCAAACUCUUGUCCAACUACUCCCUCAAUUUCACCACCGCCUCAUCCCUCUGAGUCUUCCAAUAGCAGUUUAAAUCAAAUCAAUAGAUCUGAAUCAUUGAAAGCUGCUGAAGCAAAGCGCAAUUAUCGUAAAAUAAGUGAUCCAGCUUUACCCUCAUCAUCUUCAGUGUCUUCUAAUCUGUCCAAUAGUGAAAAAUUUCAUCUCUCCAAUGAUGAUGAAGAUUAUUGCUUCCAAGCACCAAGCCAUCCACCACCGCCAGCUCCGCCGAUUACAAGCUUUACUCUUAAUUCGCCAACCUGUGUGCCUCCCCCAUUACCACCAAGAACUCAACGUCUAUUCACUGGUUCUAAACGUAUGGAAAUAAUCAAUGAACUAUUUAACACGGAAGAGACUCACGUUGAAUACCUUGAGGUUUUACAUGAUAUCUUCUAUAAGCCGAUAAAAACUGAACAAUUAUUAACAGCGGAGCAAAUUCAGCAAAUAUUUUCUACCCAUGAUGAUCUAUUAAAGAUACAUAAAGCCAUGGUUAAACAAUUUAGAGCCAAGAGAAAGGAUUAUGAAGAGAGUAUUAAAACCCAAUUACAAUUUCCUCAAAGAUACACCGAGAUGUCCGAUCUAUUGGUUGGUCAAAUGUUGGUCAAUAUAUUUGAAGGUACUUUAGGUGAUGCUUUACAAAAUGCUGCAUCAACAUUUUGUGCAUCCCAAACGGCUGGUCUUGAAUUAUUGAAUAAGAUGAAAAAAGAUUCAAAGUUUGCCCUUUUCCUGAGUGAAGCUGAAUCUCAUGAAAGGUGUAAACGUCUUGAUCUCAAAGCUUUGUUAGCAUUCUGUUUCCAAAGGGUAACCAAAUAUCCUCUUCUGUUGGACAAUUUACUCAAAGCAACGGAAAAGGAAACCGAAGAAUUUGACCUGGUUGAAAAGGCUCUCCAACGAACAAAGGAUUUAUUACAUGUUAUCAAUGAAAAGAAACGCUGUGCCGAGAAUAAAUUACGCUUAAAGAAUAUACAGAAAAAGAUUGUUAAACAAGAUAAUCUAAAUAUUGACCUAACUGGUAAAAUUUUAGUCCACGAAGGAUUCCUAACAUGGAGACCGACCAAACAAAAGUGUACCGAUGUCCUAGUUGUAUUAUGUUCCGAUGUAAUGAUUAUAUUGAACCGAGAUGGAGAUCGAUUUAUACUCAAAAAUCAUCCUAAACCACCAAUUUUAAAUGUUUCCAGUUUAAUUACUCGUGAUGUGGCCACCGAUAAGACAGCUUUCUAUCUAUUAUCAAAUGAUGAAAUUGAAUCAGCUUUUUAUGAAUUUCACGCUGCCACCGCCACGGAGAAAGAUCUUUGGACACAAAAGAUACAAGAAAUUUCAGCAACCGGACGUAAACAUCCCAAUCAUACUCAAUCUUUUUCCAAACUGAUUGAUCUUAAAUUAAAUACCAGUCGAGAUGAUGAUGAUUAUGAGAAUAAAAAUUCUAGUAACGGUGGUGUUGGCGGCGGUGUUAAAGAUUUAGUUAAUAAGGAAAGAAGGAAAACAAUAUCAACCGUAACACCAACAACCGAGGAUCUGAUGGGCAGUGAGGAGAUAAAAUCGCGAGAUAAAGAGACCAGGCGAACCACCACUGGAUCGGCAGUAACACCGACAACAACAACAACAACAACAACACCAACAGCUAAUACUAAAAAUGAAGGAACCAUAACCUAUGUAACCGAAGAUGAUCUUCUUCUCAUUCCUCCGUCCGCAGUGCAAAUUAAUACCCAUGAAAGAGUUGAAGAGGCGUUAAGAAUUGUCACUCCAGAGGAACUAAAUCAAUUGGAUAAAAAGUUGAAUGAAAUACUACGAGAGAGAAUACAAUUGAUCCAUGAGAUACUUCGUGUUAACGAUCCAAAUGGUUGGCAUUUAAUCAGUGAUUCAACUCACCAUGAAACAACAGUUACCUCAUUAAUACGAGUAAUUCAGGAUACAAUGAGAGAAGCGUUAACAUUGAAAACCUCUAAAUCAAAUAAGAUAAAAAGGAUUAACCAUAAGAAAGAUAAUUUAUCAUCAUCAACACCGAGACAUUUAUUACAACAAGAAUUUAAAGAGACUAUAAAAUCAUCUGGAAAUAUGAAACAUUCAACAGAAUUGGAAUCUCGAGUUGAAAAUGUUAAUUACAGAGAUAAUAAUGAUGGAAAUGGUGAUAAUGAUAAAGAAGAAGAUGGUGAGAAUGAUGAUCAACAUGAUGGAAACAAUGAUAACAAAAACAAUGACUCCAAUGAAGAUGAUGAUGAUGAUGAUGAUUACGAUGACAAUGACAGUUCUGAUAUUGUUAAAGAAUAGUGACUUUUAUCUUAAUUCCUUAAUUUCUUUCGCCUUCUUUGCCUAAUCUCUCUUCUUACUCCAAAUUUUGCAAAAAGAAAAAGACAAAAAAACACUCUAUCUCUCUCUCUCUCUCUCUUCUCUCUCUCUCUCUCCUAUCUCUCUCUCACUCUCACUUUGUCUCUGUCCUUUGUUAAUCAUUAAUUAAGCGCCUUUACUUCUUCCCUCCACACACAUAAACACACACACACACACACACCACAACAUACACACAUCAAUAAUUAUCACGCUUAUUGAUUGAUAUUAUAAAUUUGCUUUAUUCUGUUUAAAUAAUGUAAUUUAAUAUUAAGAUGCUCUAAUUGGUUACAAAAUCAACAAAAUUAAUGUAACAAUGAUCUUAUAUAUUGUCAAUGAUAAUCCAAUGAUUAUCUACAAUAAUAAGAUGAUCCUCUCGCCUUGAAAACAUCAACAACAACAACAACAACAAAAAGCCUAAGCCAUCAACUAAAAAAAAAAAUCAACAACAAACAACAAGACAGAAGAUGGUUAAUCAUCAACACACAAUCGACUUAAUUUGAACUUAUUAAUUUAUUUAAUAAAUAGUCUCUUCUUUUUUAACAAAAAA